GCCUGACGCCCUCUUCUUCCUCCACUGCCUUGGCCUCCUUCCAGCACCCUGCAAUCUGCCUCCGCCCCUUCCACACAGCCUUCACUCCUCUAUCCCCUGGGCUGCAGCUAGCAGAAGCCCCCAGUCUGCAGAGCCGAGCCGGAGCCGGGAAUCCAAGUUGGGUCAGGAACUUCAGCUCCAGGAUGUUGACAACAUUGCUGCCACUGCUGUCUCUGUUGCUCCUGCCCCGCUGGUCCCUUUGUAGCCUGGAAGCCUCAGAUGGCUCACGAAGUCUCCACAUGCUCCAGUUUGCCUACUUCCGUGACCCCUUUCAAGUGUGGCACCGGGGCAAUGCGUCCCUGGGCGGGCAGCUGACGCACACGUUGGAAGGCCCACAAUCCAACAUCACGAUCCUCCAGCUGCAGCCCUUGGAGGAGCCAGAGAGCUGGGCACGCACCGAGAAGAACCUGCGCACUUACCUGAGCGAAUUCACCGGCCUCGUGCAGCUGGUGAACUUGGAGAGGGGCGUGACCUUUCCUCUGAUUAUCCGCUGCUUCCUGGGCUGUGACCUGCCUCCCCAGGGUUCCAAAGCCCACAUCUUCUUCGAGGUGGCUGUGAAUGGGAGUGCCUUUGCGAAUUUCCAGCCAGAGACAGCCUCGUGGGUGGGACUUUCCGACACACCCUCCAAAGUGGCCUCCUACGUCCUCAAGGAGCUCAACACCCACAAUCGAACUCGGUAUGAACUGCGGGAGUUCCUGCAGGGCACCUGUGUGCAGUAUGUGCAAGAUCAUACCACGAAGAACUUAAAAGGGAGCCAGACAGGCCGUUCCUACACCUCGCUGGUCCUGGGCGUCUUGGUGGGCAGCUUCAUCAUCACCGGUGUGGCUGUGGGCAUCUUCCUGUGCACAGGUGGACGGCGGUGUUAAUUACUCUCCAGCUCCCCUCACGCCAAAGAAAGGGUUGGCUUGAUGGGGGCUGGCCUACGACAGUCUCAGCUCAUUGCAAAGCCAGCCUCCCCGGCUACACUAUCCAAGACAGUUUCGAGUAGAACACCUUUCUUCUCUCAGCUCAACCUACCAAGAGAUUGGAUGUCAGGGGAGACUACCUGGGCAGAAUGUUUAGUUUGCUAAGAGCCUGAGAACUUGCAUACUUUGCCAAAUUGGUUUGAGAAGUGAAUGCUUAUCUCUCCGUGGAAAACACAUAAUGAAGCUGGGGCACAAUGUGGAUGGCUCAGCCUCCAGAAUCACCUGAGGCAUUCAAAACACUACUGAAUAAAACUAACUAUCCAUAAUCACCACCACCCAAAAAACCCAGCAACAUAAAUCCUGCCGGAUGUUGUCACACUUGGGAAAGGACACUGAUAUCAUAGGCAUAAGCAGAGAAGUGGUGGCAAAGUAAAAUCCAAGUUAUAUGGGAACGAGGCAUUAUUAGUCAAUUAACUUAUGAUAAUAUUUAAUAAAUUCCUUACUCAUGUAUAAAGCAUUAUUAUUGUCAUUACUUUGUAAAAGCUUAUGGGGAACUAGCCUAUACCUUUUGCUUUUUUUUUUUUUAACAUUUUGCCUUUACUUCCUCAUCUCCUACUCAACCCUUCAACCCACCACAGUCUGGCUUUUCUAUAAACUGCUCCAAGAGAGCUCUCCUGUCCAAACCCUCAUCUGUGGUUUUUAAAAAAACAAGACCUAAACUUUUGAAAUACAGUUCUUCUAAAAAUGUUAACUGCUCUGUCCAUUAUUUUUUAAUUCUUUUGACUAUGUCAUUUUAUUUAACCCACCCUAGAAAUGUUGACUUCCUUAGAAUUCUUUUUUUCCUUCUUCUUCACUUUUUCUUCUUAAAUAACACCUUUCCUGGGUAACCUAUUUGCUUCUAUCUUAAAUAAAUUCCACCUUGUCCUCUGUAUCUUCACAUCAUUUGUUCAAGCCCUGGGUAGGAAUGUCCAAAUAAGCAAGCUGAAAUCAUGUUCCCUUUUUGCCUGUGCCGAAAGGUGGAAAAAAGGAAGCUUUGGGUACCUUUGGCUACCCUUGUGGGAUGUGACAAGUAUCUUCCAUUAAGACUCACAGAAAAGAAGAGUUUCCAUUGCUGGGCAACCAAAACACCAAACAAACAAAUGCUCACUACAGCUAUCACUAUCAAUUAAUUUACCCUUUCAGUAAAUGUUUAUCAGCAACUUCCAUGGACAAGGCUUAAUGCUAUUUACUUUAGAAGAUAUACCAUCCUUCUCACGGGGUAUGCUGAUUACUUGGGAAGAUAAAACAUCUACAAACAUGAACAAUAAAAGGCACCGUGUCCUAAGAAUGGAAGUUAAAUAUACGAUGUUGUGACUUACUGUUGUAGCUAUUAUUUAGUUAUUGCUUUAUGGUUUUUGGAAUUAUUUAACUUGAAUGAUACUACU